CCCGUCCUCCAUUGUCGAGCUAUUAUUGUUGUUGCCCGUCGAGUGGAACUCCAUCCAUCCCCCGUCCUCCUUACACCUGUGUCUAUCUCCACCUCCCAUUCCAUCUUUAUCCACUUGGAACUAUGGUUUGAAGUUUCAGAUGCUUCUUGAACUGGUCAAAAAUUACAGCCCUCGCUGUGCUUAACUCUCUUUUGCCUCGGUGGAAUUGCGACAAUGCGCCAAGCUACUACCUUCCUUUUGAACCCUAACUCAGGUUACGUGCGCCUGCGUUCGAUUUCUCCGUGUCUUCCACGGCAUGCGCGAAUUCCGGCUUCUUUUCGCUCAUUUUCGGUCGAUUCCAAUGGCUUCCCCUCAUACCCGAACCGAGCAUCUUCUCACGCGGCCAUAAGCUCCCAAUCGAACUCCACUGACCGCGGACUUCUGCUGCCCUCGUCUUCCGCGUCCUUUUCUACCUCAUCACAGCGGUCGGACCCUAGCGACUGGGAUGCGAACCCGGAUCUCUCGAUCUCCGCGUUUUCGGAGUUACCUUCUAAGGACUUUGGUGUCAACCAGCAUAUGAUAAUCAACCAGGAAUUUAAGGAAGCCUUGCGUCAGAUCCUUUGGCAGUUUCGGGCCCCGAUUCGGUAUGCGUUCGCUUAUGGAUCUGGUGUCUUCCAGCAGACAGGCAGUGCGCCUGGCUCCAACCAAUGCCAUCCGUCGGCCCCAGCAGCAAUCAAGAACAUGCAACAAGGUCAAGGCAAAAUGAUUGACUUCAUCUUUGGUGUGUCAUACUCCCAACAUUGGCACUCUUUAAACCUGGGUCAACAUCGUGACCAUUACUCUGGGCUGGGCUCAAUGGGUUCUUACAUGGUAUCCCAAGUACAGGAUAAAAUUGGCGCGGGCGUAUAUUUCAACCCCUACAUCACUGUUAAUGGUACACUGAUCAAGUAUGGGGUCGUGAAUCUUGACACAUUAUGCCGGGAUCUCAGUCAAUGGGAUACCUUGUAUCUUGCUGGACGGUUGCAAAAGCCGGUCAAGAUCUUGCGUGACCACCCGAAGGUGCGGCUGGCGAAUCAGAUCAACUUAUUAUCCGCUGUCCGGGUGGCUCUAUUACUUCUGCCAGCUGAAUUCACCGAGUUCCAGCUGUACAGUACCAUUGCGAGUAUGAGCUACAUGGGUGACCUUCGCAUGGCCCUGCCGGCAGAAGACCCUCGCAAGGUAAACAACAUUGUCUCUUCGCAAAUGGCGAACUUCCGACGACUGUAUGCACCUCUCAUUGAAAAUCUUCCCAAUGUUACAUUCAACGACAGGCGUUGCACUGAGGGCGAUUGGAUCGAUGACCCCGAUGCAAAUGUGCGCCUCACCCAGGAUAUGGAUCCGGUGAAACGGGGUAAUAUGGUCCGCCGUCUCCCCGAAUCUUUCCGCGAAAAGCUGUACUUCCAGUACCAAACGCGCUAUCAGAUCCCACGAGCGGAGUUUAACCAAAUGAUGAAAGAGAACAAUGACUCCGAGUCCGACUUAGUGCGUCGGAGGCAGGGCGGGCCAUUUGAACAGCGCAUUGCUGAUGACAAGAACCUCACGACAGAAGUGCAGGCUACAAUCUCCAAGACCAUCCGCUGGCCCAGCACCGUUCAAUCGGCCAAGGGACUACUUACGUCGGGAAUAGGCCGAACCUGGCGCUACUUGCGCGAGAAGCAGGAUAAAUAUAAGAAGUCAGGCAAAAAGGCCAGUACUUCCUCCGACACACCGGACAAGGGAUCCAAGCAAGAAUAG